GUGGAUAUAGUGAAUGCAGGGUCCGGGGAGAGUGGAUAUAGUGAAUGCAGGGUCCGGGGAGAGUGGAUAUAGUGAAUGCAGGGGUUCGGAGAGACCAGAUAUAGUGAAUGCAGGGUCUGGGGAGACCAGAUAUAGUGAAUGCAGGGUCCGGGGAGAGCGGAUAUAGUGAAUGCAGGGUCCUGGGAGACCAGAUAUAGUGAAUGAAGGAUCCUGGAGACCGGAUAUAGUGAAUGCAGGGUCCGGGGAGACCAGAUAUAGUGAAUGCAGGGUCCUGGGAGACCGGAUAUAGUGAAUGCAGGGUCCGGGGAGACCGGAUAUAGUGAAUGCAGGUCCGGGGAGACCAGAUAUAGUGAAU